UCGACUACGCAGCCUAGACUCGUCAAAAAGCAACCUUGCAACAGGAAAAGUGCAGUGAAAAUUACAAAAAUAGCUGUUUAAACCUAAAUUUGUUGUACAAAUAUUAUUCAUAAGUUAUAUUUAAGGCUUGAGAGGACUCAAGCAGAAGAGCAAGUCAAGCCGGAAGUCAAGAGUGCGUCUAAGUCCCAGUAGAAUCGUCGCCUGAGCGGCAGAGGUCAACUUAAAAAUACAUUUUCGGGCGUGUGUGUGCCCCCCGAGCACGAUUAACCCCCCACCCAGAUUAGCCCAGACCAACGCAACUAAAGCAGCAGCCCCCAGCCAAAAACAAGAAGCAGUAGCAACAACCCGCCUCAGAAUGAUUCUGGAGAAUUCGGACAAGCUCAAGGAUUGGCUGAGCGUGGUCCUGGAGCCACUCUGCGAUGCGGACUCUUCGGCCUUGGCGCGCUAUGUGAUUGCGCUGCUGAAAAAGGACAAAUCGGACAAGGACCUCAAGCGGAUCAUGAUCGAGCAGCUGGAUGUCUUCCUGUCCGAGGAGACGACGCGCUUCGUGGAGCGCCUCUUCGAUGCCAUUGCCAGCGAGGAGUACCUGACGGUGCCUGCCGCCCCCCUGAUAACGGCCUCCAGUGCCUCCGCCGCUGAGCUGGAUCUCGACCAGGAACUGGCCCUGGCCAUCGAUGGGGCCCACGAAGACAUCGAGGCCGUGCUGGCCGCCGAUUCCCCGCCGCCGCCGCCGCCUAAAGAGAAUGUGAUACACCCAGAUAGCAAUCAGCAGGUCAGCCACGAUGCCAGGGAAGCCGAGGCGCUGGCCUUUAUCAGCCAGGAAGCCUCCACAGAUGCCAAGCCAGCCUUCGAUCACAAAACCAAAGAGUCACAGUCCGCCUGCAGCUACCAACACCACCAUGUGCGCAGUGCCAGUCCACCGGGCAGGAGCAGCGGCGUCAGCGGAGGAGCGGGCGGAGGAGCAGCAGCCCUGACAACGGGCUAUGCCGACAAGGAAAACCAGCCGCGCGACAGCCGCCGGCGACGUGCUUCCCUUCGGUCCCGUUCCCGCUCCCGCUCGCGUUCCAACGAGCGCGCCUUCCGACGAUCCAGGUCACGCGACCGACGGGUCAACGAACGCGAGAAGACACAACGACAGUUCCGCAACAAAUCCCCGCCAGGCUCGCAGACCGACAAUCGGCAUCAUGGCCGGCGCAACUUUGAUCGCCGGCGCAUCGGUGGCAAUGCAGAUGAGCGGCCUCGAUUCGGGAACAACAAGAGCCGACGCUCCCACAGUCGAUCGAUGUCGCCCGAGCGAAAUGCACGGCGCAAUCAGAACUCCCCGGAGCGAGCACAAGCUGGCCAAGCGAAUCAAGUUCCCGCUCCGGUGGCGGCGCCCACGCCCGUCGAACAUCCGGCUGCCCAUCCUCGCCAGCGCUGUCGGGAUUUCGAUGAGAAGGGCUACUGUGUGAGGGGCGAGACAUGCCCGUGGGACCAUGGAAUCAACCCCGUGGUGUUCGAGGGCAUCAACAACUCGGCUCUGAUGAUGUCCAUGCGAGAGUACAAUCCGGAUGCGCCCGAAAUUUGGGCGCGAGGCGGUGGACCGCCACCUGGAGCUGGACAGGGAGCAGUGCCGCCGCCAACGCAGCCGGGACAGACCACCAUUAAUCCGUUCAGCGGCAAUGUGCGACCCAGUACGCUGAUGCCCGGUUCUGGGCCCAAUCCCAUGGGCGUUCCCAAUCCCGCUGACUAUGCCCGCAAUCCAGGCGCUCCGCCUCAGUCCGCCAUGAUGCCAUUCCCAUUCAAUCCCACUGCGGUGACCACUCCUCUGCAGCGUCAACUGAUACCCAUUCCCGUCGUGGAUGGCGCUCCGUCCGGCGGCGUGGCCGAGAUUGGCAAGCGACGUUUCGAGCUGGAGGAUACGGUGGCCAUAGCCGAUGUGCCGACGAAGCGAAAGGUGCCGAUCAACAGUCGCCUGGGACCACGGGUCAAUCCCAAUAUGCAGCAGCACAACAGCUCGCUGGAGCUGCGGAAGGUGCCGCGCGGCCUGAACACCAUUGCCCAUUUGAACAACCACUUUGCCAAGUUCGGCAAGAUCGUCAACAUCCAGGUUUCCUACGAGGGAGAUCCCGAGGCAGCUAUUGUGACCUUCUCCACGCAUGCGGAGGCGAAUGUGGCCUACAGGAGCACGGAGGCGGUGCUGAACAAUCGAUUCAUCAAGGUCUUCUGGCACAACGACACCAGCGGAGCGGAUGUGGGCCAGAUGAAUCAGAUGGGCGGCGGCGGAGGAGGCGGCGGUGGAAGGAAGAACGCGAGCCAGUACCAUCUGCACAAUGUUCCCGCUGUUCCCACGCCCAAUGCUGAUAGUGCGAAGAUCAGCAACGCCAAUCCUUUGACCGAAACGGGGGCGGGCAACAUUGGCACACCCACUGCGGAGCAGGCCAGCACAGCGGCUCCCGCCUCCAUGCGUCUCAAGUUGAACACGACGAACCCGGCGGGCGGCGCAGCUGGAGGAGCAGGUGGUCCGGGCUCCGGUCGUCCCCAUCCGGCUGCCAAUGCCGCCAGCAUACGCAAGAAGCAGGAAGAGCAGCAGAAGGCGGUUCACCAAUUGGCCAAUGGGCUGCGCAAGCGCAAAGGGGAAUUGCUGCAGAGCUACAUGAAACAGAUGAAGACUGCCUUGGAACUCGUAGAGCGGAUGGACCAGCAGGAUGCCCAAAGGGCGCCCACCCUGCAGACAAUCAAGGUGCUGCAGAUGACAAUCGACAAGCUGGGCAAGGAAAUCCAGGCCGACCAAGAUCAAUUGCAGGCACAAAUCCAGCAACAGCAGCAGCAGCAACAGCCGCCGGUCAAGAAGACCAAGGAGCAGCAGAAGAAGGAGCUGCUCGACAUGGAGCUGGAGCUGAUUGCCCAGCAGCAGGAGGGCAACGACACGACGGCCCUGCAGAAGCGACUGGAGGAGCUGCAGCGCAAUCUAGGCGUUGGCGGAGGCCCAGCCGCAAACAACAAGCCCGCCCACUUUGCAGCAGCUUCGGGGGCACCCGGUGGCGGAGCAGGACGCAAGCGUCCCAAUCUGCCCGAGGGACCCACGCGCGUCGAUAGGCGACCCAAGGCCAUUGUGGUCACUGGCUUUGCGGCCGAGGAGGCUGACUUUGUCCUGGGGCACUUCAAGAACUUUGGCGAGAUUUCUAAGCACGAUGUUGACCGUGAGAUUCCACAGUUGAUACUCUCGUUUGCGACCCGUCUCAAUGCCGAACAGGCGGUGCUCCGAGGAAAAAUGUACAAAGACAAGCGCCUGCAGAUUUCGUGGGCGCCCGUGGUGACACCCGCACCGGCUGCUCCGAUGGCGGCCCCGGUUGAGAAGUCCACCGCACCAGUUGCCAUGGCCGUUAGCCUAGAGAACCCAAAACAGUUGAUCCAGUCCGUCAGCGAGAGCGAGAGUCUGUUGGGCAGCGACACGCUGCCGGAGCUGCGCCUGGAGGAUGAGGAGGAGGACGAGGAGUCCGAGGAUCGUUCCUGGCGUCGUUGAUGCAUCGCCCUGCGCUGCUGAGGCGGCCGGGGAAGCUUCGAGUGGCUCACAAGUGUUAGGGAACCCUUAACAUGUAUUUGUUGUUAUUCUAUAUCUAACUGCGGAGUGUGCGGCGGUGCCAGGAACGGAGGAGCACAGCGAAGCACUCUGCACACUCUCUGCAUAAUUAAACGCUCUAAAUAUUACUAAUAUUUUACUGAACAUAAGUUAUGAAUCGCAUACAAAUACGAAUGAGUUUAGCUAAGCCUAAGUCCGAAAUAACACAACACUGAAACUACAACUUCAAACGCGAAACGCAACCAACUCCAAAACAUUGGUUAAAGAUCGUGAACUACCUUUGUAUUUACACAUUUUUCACUCUAUCCUUUUCUUACAUACAAAUAUAUAUAUGCAGAUAUAUAAUUGUUAAGAUUUUAUGUUGAGUUAAAACGAUAAAACACUAAAAGAACAAAAAAAUUGCAAAGAAAAAAUCCCCAAAAACAAGCGCAAUGAAAAGUCAAAAAAAGAAAAAAAUCGUAGCAACGUGAAUGCAAAACAGCAAGUUAUAUAGAGAGAUAUAAUAAAUAAAAUAAAUAGUUUCGUAUUUCAGGAAAAA